CUACACUUCCGUUUGGCGGGCAAAUUGCUAACAAUAGUCAGUUGUCGAAGACACUGUGACAUUGGUUGUUUAUUCAUUCUUUGCAUAGAAUCGAACAGAGUUGAGCAAGUAUAGUUUAAAAAUCAAAGUAUUUAUAAAAGUUGCGGUAUUUAAAAGUCGAAUAAAAGAGAAACAUGCAUGUGCUAAAGCGUGACGGCCAUAAGGAACCUGUUCAUUUUGAUAAAAUAACUAAAAGAAUUGAGAUGCUAUGUCAUGGCUUGGAUUUGAAUUAUGUGGACCCAUCUGCCAUUGCGCUUCGUGUUAUAACGAAUUUAUAUUCUGGAGUAACAACAGUUGAAUUGGAUAACUUGGCGGCUAAAACUGCAAUGCAUAUGAACAGUCAACAUCCAGAUUAUGAAAUUUUAGCAGCUAGAAUUGCCAUAUCCAAUUUGCAUAAGGAGACAAAAAAGGUUUUUAGUGAGGUGAUUGAUCAUUUGUAUUGUGCAAAGAACCCAGUAACGAAUCAACGUUUACCUUUAAUCAGUAAUAAAUAUUAUAAUAUUGUUCAAAGCAAUGCGGAUAAAUUGAAUUCUGCAAUAAUAUAUGAUAGAGAUUUUAAAUACAGUUAUACUACAUUUAAAAUGCUUGAGAGUUAUUUGUUAACAUUAAAUGGAAAGAUUGUUGAAAGACCACAACAUAUGUUGAUGCGAGUUGCUGUAGCUAUUCAUGAGGAAGAUGUCGAUAAGGCUAUUGAAACUUAUAAUCUUAUGUCACAACAAUAUUUCAUACACUCUAUACAAACGAUAGAGACUGCAUGUAACGUUAAGCAACAAAUGGCUAAUUCCUUUCUUCUGACAAUGGCUGGAGAUAGUAUAGAUGGAAUAUUGGAUUCACUAGAAAGAACUGCUGUUCUUUUUCAUUAUAAUGGUGAAAUAGGAUUUAAUGUGCAUUGCAUUCGGGCAAAGAAUACACCUAUCAGAGGCACAGGAGGUGUAUCAAAUGGAUUGGUGCCAAUGUUAAAAGCGUACGAUACAUCUCUCGGAACCGUUUCUAGAAGAGUUUCUAAGAAUGGAAACGUAGCUGCCACUUGCUACCACUCGCAGCCACUUGCUAUAUAUUUAGAACCAUGGCAUGCCGACAUCUAUGAAUUUUUGGAUCUCAAAAGGAGUAUCGGUGAGGAGCAAUUGAGGGCUAGAGACAUGUAUUACGCAUUAUGGAUGCCAGAUUUAUUUAUGAAACGUUUGUUUGAUAAUGCUACUUGGAGUUUGAUGUGUCCACAUGAAUGCCCCGGAUUAGUCGACGCCUACGGUGAUGAAUUUGAAAAUUUAUAUACUAGAUAUGAAAAAGAAGGACGUUAUCGAAAACAAGUUAAGGCCAAGGACUUGUGGGAUCUUAUCAUUCAAAUACAAUUGGAUUCGAGCAUACGCGGGAAAGUACCAUAUAUAAUUUAUAAAGAUCACUGCAAUCGCAAGUCAAAUCAUCAACAUUUGGGCACAAUCAAAUGCAGCGGUUUUUCGCCAGAGAUUGUUCAAUAUUCAAGUUCAGAUGAAAUUGCAGUGUGUAAUACAGCUUCAAUUGCUGUCAAUAUGUUCGUAAAUUCUACUAAAAAAGCUUUCGAUUUUUGCAAGCUCAAAGAGGUGGUGAAAAUCGUCACCUACAAUUUGGAUAAAAUGAUCGAUAAAAAUUUUUACCCUCUCCACGAAGCAAAAGUGUCUUCUCACAAACACAGAUCUAUAGGUAUCGGUAUACAAGGAUUAGCGGAUGCGUUCAUCUUAAUGAGAUAUCCGUUCGACAGCAAGGAAGCUAAUAAGCUCAAUGUUCAAAUCUUUGAGACACUCUAUUACGGGGCUCUAGAAGCUAGUUGUGAAAUAGCUAUUGAGAAAGGUUCUCAUGAGUCGUACGAAGGCAGUCCAGUCAGCAGAGGGAUCUUGCAAUACGAUAUGUGGAACGGAUUGGAUACUUUAAAGGCAAAGAUUGCAAAACACGGAAUACGUAAUUCUUUGUUAAUAGCGCAAAGGUCAAAUGAAUUUAUGGCACAAAUGUUAGAGUGUAGCACAUCCGUUCAGCCUUAUACAAACAACAUAUAUACGAUGUCUACAUUGUCUGUUAACUUUAGGGUUGUUAAGUCACGUUUAUUACGAGAUCUGAUGAAAAGAGGUCUUUUGAAUGAAAACAUGUAUAAAAGAAUCAUCAGAAACAACGGAUCUAUACAAAAUAUUGAAGAUAUACCCGAAGAUUUGAAGCUGCUUUACAGGCAAGCUAGGGAAAUGCCACAGAAACUGAUCUUUGAUAUGGCAGUUGCUCGCGGACCUUUCAUUGAUCAAUCACAAUGUUUAAAUAUUUCUACCGAGAAUCUACCAGAGAAGCUUGGAUCGGUGCACUUUUUUGCUUGGAAAGCAGGUUUAAAAUCUAGCAUGUAUGAAAAUGAAAUAUGAAUGAAAUAAUUAACGAUGAAGAUCAGCCGUUUAAGCAAGAAACAUAAACCGAAAGAUGAAGCACAUGCAAGUUAAAAUUUGUUUUUGCAAAAAUUUAAAUAUUUAUAAUAUCGUUUUUAACAUAUGUUUCUAAUUGAAAAAUAUAC